GUUUGAUCUUUUAUACAUGGUGUUGCAGAUUUACGCAAGAUUUAUGAAUCUACAGGGAUUAUCAAACCUGGGACUACAGUCCAUCACGAGGUCACAUUGCCCAUAUAUUACACAGUCCCUCUGAAUCAAGAUAAAUAUUAUUAUCUGUUGAUCUUUUAUACAGGGUGUUGAAGAUUCACGGAAGAUUUAUGAAUAUAGAGAUUAUCCGACCAGGGAUGCAAUCCAUCACGAGGUCAUAUAGUCCAUACAGUACCCAGACAAAUCCCUCUUAAACAAUAUAACGAUGAUUGCCAUUUGAUCUUUUAUACAGUGUUGCAGAUUCACGGAAGAUUUAUGAAUAUGGAGAGAUUAUCCGACCUGGGAUGCAAUCCAUCACGAGGUCGUACAGUACAUAUUGUACAUAGUCAAAUCCCUCUGAAUCAGGAUAAAGAUUGUUACCAUUUGAUGUUUUAUAUGUGGUGCAGAUUUAAAGAAGAAUUAUUAAUCCAGAAUGAUUAUCCGACCCGGAACCUAUAGAUUACAGUCAGGUCGUAUACAGUAUUCUGCCUGAUGCUCUCCUCAAAGACACGGACUUUUAGCGAGUGAAAUUUUUAUACAUGGUGUUGCAGAUUUAAAGAAGAACUGUUAAUCUAGAGGGAUUAUCCGACCCGGGACCUAUAGAAUACAGUCAGAAGGUCGUAUAGUCCAUUCAGUAUUCAAGCAGUCCUCUCCCCGUUCAUGUGUUAUGCUGUGUCACGGGUGUGACUGUCUCAUAUCAGACAAAAUCAACCUUGGUCUAUCAGUACGUCGUUGCGUUUAGUAGAGGUGUUGUAGAUCUUGGGAAACGGCCUUACCAACGUCCCGCAUGUUCCGGGUCGCGUCCUUCGCCGUCUUUCGAAACGGAACUCUUUCCGUUUAACCGGAGCAUUGAGUUCCCAUAUAAAAAAGAAAAAAAAUUAAAAACGCGACAAAACCCACGUCGAUAUUUUCACGCGAUCCGGAUAGUAAGUGGCAAAAUGUGGCGAAGUACUCCCCGUGGGAACCGUGUCUAGGGCCGGUUCCCAAUCUCUCGUGGCUCUUUCUCUCCUUAUAUUGUUUAAAAUUAAUUUUCAUGAUUUUUUUUAUGAGAAAAAUGUUUUUCCCCGGUUUUUCUUUUUUUUACAGUAAACAUUUGUUUUUUUAAUUUUUCCCCUCCCAAGUUGUCGUCGUUUCGUUUCUCAAUCCCCGUCCUCACGCCAGGAUUUCCUUCGGUUUUUCUUUUUCCAAUUUUCUUUGACGACCACCGUUUUCUUUUUCGACACGAUCCUGUGAUGAUGAUGACGAAAGGAAGAAGCCAGGAGGAUCCAAGAUGAAGGACUACUCGUGAUGGUCUGAACAAGGAUGCACCGGGCGUGCUCCAGGGUGGCUCAGGAUUCGCUGGAGAGGGCGGAAAAAGCCGACCUGUACCUGGUCCGCGAGGCAGGACCGGCCGCUUGGACGAUCGCCGAACGAGGAGGAACCCCCUUCCGGGUCUGCCUGGGCCAGAGCCAUUCCUGCACCUGCCCUUGUUUCAGGAUGACCAAGGACCUCUGCGUCCACAUUGUCUGGGUACUCACGAAGAAGCUGGCCAUAAGGCCAUCGAACCCAAUUUGCUACCAGAAAGGUUAUGUAAAGAAAAGGAGGACCAUUUACAAAACGCUUAUUGUCUUGCGUUGGGCGAUUGAACUGCUAUCGGUUACAAAGGCUUGCUUGGGGAUGAUAGAACAGCUCUGGAGGGAAACAGCAAUGGAUGAAUGUGUACUGGGGAUGACGGAAAGGGAACUGGAAGAAUGCCUCUACCCCAAGAAACUGACCAAUCCGAAAAGGAUGCCAGUGAGGAACCCGUCCAACAAGCCGGUCAGGAAGAGGAUAGUGGACAAGGACGACCCUUGCCCGAUCUGCUUGGAGCCUUUUGUCGCUAAAAGAUCACCGAUUGUCUACUGCACGUACGGCUGCGGCCAGGGGAUGCACGGCCACUGCAUGGAGGUGGUGGCGAGGCAUCAGGACGACCCGAGGAACCUGACGUGCCCGAUGUGCAGGGGUCAUUUUUCCAGCCUGCCCGAGCUGCGACUAUCUAUGAGGAGGACGAGACCACCCAAGCUCGCAGCGCUUCCGAAGCACGAGACCUACUGCACCUACUGCGAAAACCAGGUGUUCGGCUCUCUUUACAAGUGCUUGAGAUGCCCCCAGAUACGCGCCUGCGCCCAGUGCGUCAACUCCGUCCGUUAUUCCAUGCACGCCAAACACGGCCUCGCAGCGAAAACGUCGCCGGAUGACAAAUGGAAAGUGGUUGCAGUCCAGUGCCGUUCCCCGAGCCCCAGGAGGAAAAUGAUGCCCAAGUCCCUGCCCAAGAUACAGAGGAAGAAGAGACACGAGGGUCCAGGGAUUUUCAUGGAACCGGUGGCACCUCAGCCGCCUAAAUGCCCGAUCUGCACUGACCAUGGGACGAACUACUUCGAACUGGAGUGCGGUCACCUGGUGACAACCCCGGCCUCGACGCCGGUCCCUGUGGACGCAUCGGCGGAGAGGAGGAACCCGAAAGGCACUUGCGCCAGACUUGCGGGAUGUAAGCAGCACCCGACCCUCAUCCCGCCCCAGGUCGUCGCACACAGACUCGAGUUGUACAAAAGAGCACCGCAGAUUUCAGCAGCCCCGAGAGCCCAACCGAAGCCGAGGAAGAAGAAAGAACCGCCCGAGCCGCCCCUCGAACCAGACAUCAGGGAGAACGGCCGUAUCCUGGGUUCAAAGGUACUUCCAAUAAUGGCCCUACUCCUCCAGAGGAAAGCCGAUGAGACGGACCAGGAACAACAGGAGGCCGACCAGGAACAGGAAGCGGAGCAGGAAAAGAAGCCCGGGAAGAGGAGGCUGACCGUCCAGUGCGUCCAGCUUCUUCCAGACGCCGAGUCCGCCCCUCAGAGGAGGAACGAGAAAAGGCCUUGGAAAAGAGAAUCCACUUUGAAAAAACGCUGAUUAUUUAGAAAUUUUGAAAUUGUUCAAUUUUUAACCCUUUCAAUAAACUUUAUCCCGUCGCAUUAUGUUUAUUAAUCCAAGGUUUAAAUUAGAACUGGAUAAAGUUGCACAAGUUUUUUUGGACCUCUUGGGGUGGGUGAAGGGUCGUUCCUUUGUACAGUCACCCGUCCACCCCCUCCGUGGGGAGGCUCCUGUACUGGCUGUACUUUUACUGCUCCGUUUUAGUACCGCGGAGGCCGAAAUUUCGUUGUACAGUCGGCCCCGGGUUUAUACGAGCGUACAGUCAACCGAGACCUUAUACAUCACCUGGGCCUUUUCCACGGACAAAGGGGUGGUGGAGGAAAAAACCACCCUCGAGCGGUGUCCGUCCGAGGAAAUUUCCGCCCUCGGAAGGUGCGAGAAAAGAGGUUAAUUCGGGAAACUCAGUGGAAUAAGAGGCAAAAGGUGCCAGAAGAAAACCUAGUUUUCCAACAGAAAAAAAA